AAUGGUGACAGCCAUUACCGUCCUAACCAAAGACGCUGGGAAGUUGACCUUGGGGCAGCCACUCACCAUCCUGGCACCCCAUGCAGUGGAGGCUUUGAUAAAACAGCCCCCUGACCACUGGCUCUCUAAUUCCCGCAUGACCCACUACCAAGCCUUGCUACUGGAUGCGGAACGGGUCCAGUUUAGGCCCGUGGUCGCUCUCAACCCAGCCACUCUGCUUCCUUUGCCAGAGGAGGCAGAACAGCACGACUGUCCGCAGAUCCUUGCAGAAGUACAUGGAACCAGACCAGACCUAUCGGACCGACCUCUCCAGGAUGCUGACCAUACGUGGUACACCGAUGGUAGCAGCUACUUGGUGAACGGGGAACAGAAAGCUGGAGCCGCGGUCACUACGGAGUGCAAAGUGAUCUGGCCAAGCGCCUUGCCUGCUGGUACCUCCGCACAGUGGGCUGAAAUCAUUGCCUUAACUCAGGCGCUCAAAAUGGCAGAAGGUAAGAGGCUGAAUGUAUAUACAGACAGCCGCUACGCCUUUGCUACGGCACACAUCCAUGGAAACAUCUACCGGAGAAGAGGGCUGCUCACAUCUGAGGGUAAGGACAUUAAGAACAAGACUGAAAUUCUGGCCUUCCUGGCAGCUCUGUUCCUACAAAAAAGACUGAGCAUUAUACAUUGCCCAGGGCAUCAGAAGGGACACAGCCCCAAGGCACGGGGAAAUCGGCUAGCUGACAUCUCAGCGCGUGAGGCCACCAUGGGCACCCAAGUUCUGUCCUUAAAAGACCAAGAUCAACCCACGUCUCCACAGCCGGAACAGACCAGUUGGCUCUACACCACGGAGGACACAGAGCUCCUACAGAAAAUGGGGGCCGUUUGGUACCCACAACUAAAACGGUGGGUCUACACAGGGAAAACAGUUAUGCCUACGAAGAUGACCUUUGAAUUAAUCUCCUACCUACAUAAAUUAACACACCUGGGACUCAAGAAGAUGAAGACCCUCUUAAGACAAGAAGAGAUUGACACCUACCUCCUGGGACGAGAUCAGGCCUUGCGGGAGGUGACUGAAAGCUGCAGGGCCUGUGCCCAGGUAAACCCAGGAAAAGCUAAAAUUGGACAAGGAGUCCGUCCCCGAGGACAUUGGCCUGGUACCCACUGGGAAAUUGACUCCACUGAAAUCAAGCCUGGUAUGUUCGGACACAAAUACCUCUUAGUGUUCAUAGAUACCUUCUCCGGAUGGAUAGAGGCUUUCCCCACAAAACAUGAAAUGGCCAAGGUGGUGACCAAGAAGCUCCUCGAAGAAAUCUUCCCCAGCACAUCUUCAGGCCCUACAAAUCGUGCAGAGAGACACCUGGAAACCUCUAGCCACGGCCUACCAAGACAGGCUUGAACAACCGAUGGUGCCGCACCCGUUCCAGAUCAGAGACACUGUGUGGGUACGCAGACAUCAGACCAAGGAUCUCGAGCCUCGGUGGAAAGGACCCUAUACAGUUCUCCUGACUACCCCGACAGCCUUGAAGGUAGACAGAAUUGCGGCUUGGAUCCACGCGUCUCACGCCAAGGCAGCCCGACCUGAGGAAACGGCAGAUCACAACACCGCGCCCCAGACAUGGAAGGCUCAACACACUCAAAAACCCCUAAAGCUAAGAUUUUCACGUUGUUGCUCUUAACUGUCUUAUGGACUAGGGGUGGGGCAAGUCUGGGGGCUAGCCCCCACCAGGUAUAUAAUAUGUCCUGGAUAAUAACUAAUUUAGAGACGGGCUGGUCUCAAGUCCUAGCUAAUGGUAAGCAUGCUGAAGGAACCUGGUGGCCCCCUUUGACUUUCGACCUUUGUCAACUGGCUAAGGACUCCUGGGAGCAUACUGAGCGGACUCCCCACAACUCAUACCCACCCUGCAGACACUCUGAUUGGUAUACUUGUCCCAGAGUUAAGAGGACACGGGAGUGCGGAGGUCCUGAGACCUUCUACUGCACUAAGUGGGGGUUUGAGACCUACACUCCAGGAUGGUGGGGCACCAAGGAGGGGGACUUAGUGGCCUUCUCCCCUGAGACUCCAGGUGAAUCUCAAAUUACAAUAGAAUUCUCAAAUUACAAUAGAAUUACAGACUGGAAGGUGGGGCGUAGGUGGGGGAUACGAUUGUAUACCCCUGGCUAAAUUAACCCAGGACUCCUGUUCUCCCUCCAACUGGUGAGAGAACGGGUCAGACAAGAGAUUGGUCCAAACCCAGUCCUCAUGGAUCAAAAGCCCCCUUCCCAACAAGCACCGGCACUGCCCCCGGUUGAACCCCCACUAUGGCUAAACUCCACUCAGAACUCCGGGGAUAUCUUGACAACUUCCUCCCCGACUAGGGACCCUUCCACACUGGCCCCUCGGCUGCUAGGAACGGGAGACCAGCUAGUAAACUUAGUGAUCAGGGCAUAUUUGGCACUCAAUUAUUCAGAACCUGACAAGACCCAAGAAUGCUGACUGUGCCUGGUCUCUAGCCCGCCCUAUUAUGAGGGUGUGGCAGUCAUGGGGAAUUAUACUAAUCAAACCACGGUCCCGGCCAGCUGCACAACCCUCCCUAGCCAUAGGCUGACGUUGCCGGAAGUCUCAGGACAGGGACUCUGUAUAGGGACCAUACCCCCCACUCACCAAGUCCUCUGCGCUAUCACCAAGAGGAUCCCCACUGGAAGCUACUACCUAGCAGCUCCUACAGGCACCUAUUGGGCCUGUAACACCAGAUUGACACCUUGUAUCUCCGCCGCAAUCCUCCGCAGAUCCUCCGACUACUGUGUACUGGUAGAAAUCUGGCUUAAGGACACCUACCAUGGGCCCGAGUACAUAUACUCACAUUUUGAGGGGCUGACUUGAUUCAGGCGAGAACCCAUCACCAUGACCCUAGCUCUACUCUUAGGAGAAAUCACCUUCGGAGGAAUGGUUGCAGGUAUAGGGACGGGUCCACUGCCCUCAUCGAGACGGGUCACUUUCGUCAGAUACAAGCGGCCAUGAAUGCAGAUCUAAAAGCUAUCGAGGAAUCCGUGAGUGCAUUAGGAAAGUCCUUAACAUCUUUGUCUGAAGUAGUCUAACAAAAUAGGAGAGGGCUAGACAUGCUGUUCCUUCGCGAAGGAGGGAUAUGUGCUGCUCUAAAAGAAGAAUGUUGUUUCUAUGCAGACCAUACAGGAUUAGUGAGAGAUAACAUGGCUAAGCUCCGAGAACGCUUGGCCCAGAGACAGAAGCUGUUUGAUUCCCAACAAGGCUGGUUCGAGGGGUGGUUUAACCAAUCCCCUUGGUUUGCUACCUUGGUGUCCACCUUGAUUGGACCCUUAAUCAUCCUCCUCCUAAUCCUCCUCUUUGGCCACUGCAUUCUAAGCAGAUUGAUGCAGUUCAUAAAGAACAGACUCUCAGUCAUUGAGACGCUUGUUCUCACUCAACAAUACCAUUUUUCAAAUGAAAAAAAGAGCAUUUUCAGCAAAUGGUGCUGGUUCAACAGGAGGUCAACAUGUAGAAGAAUGCAGAUCGAUCCAUGCUUAUCACCCUGUACAAAGCUUAAGUGCAAGUGGAUAAAGGACCUCCACACCAAACCAGAUACACUCAAACUAAUAGAAGAAAAA